UGCAGAUCCUUCCUGUGUUGCUCUGUUGGGAAUGUUUGUGAAAAUUCACAUUCGUUCAGGCCAUUUCUUCCUCAAAGCAGAUUUAUUUGAAUCCGAAGUCUCCUUUUGAGUCGGUGCGCGAACAUGCUCUCUAGCGGCCAACCGCGGUACAACAGAGUGCCGCGUCUACCCCUUGUGCUCAUGCGCGUUGCUGCGCUCUCGUCCCCCCCUUCCGUCUGCUCUUUGGUCGUCCUUUCGUCGUCCAUCCAUCUUCAUCUUCUGCUGCCUGCCUGCCUGCUGCCUGUGAGGAAGAUGCUGAUUGGAGGAGUCGCAACGACACGACUGCAUUUCCAUGGACUCAUCACUGGAAAUCGUAGAGCUCCGUGAGCUGCCUAACGCGAACAAGACAGGCGAUGUUUGCCGAGGAUUCCGCAAUGCUUCCUACGAGCCCGACCAUGAGCAACAACGGCACCAGGAGGUGACGGGUUGCUCUACGACCACCUCAAGAAGCUGCAAGGACUCAGCUGUUCCGCCUCGCGACGAUGAGGACAACGACGACGCGGUCCGGGAUUCCAAUGCUGACUGGACCGCACCGGACGACGGCGUCGGCGGUCGCCGCUCGUCCGACGCGGGCCUGGCUUUGGCCGUGGUGUUGCUGUUGAGCGGCAUCUCGCUGGUCCUGGUGGCAUAUGCCAUCCCCAGGGAAGCCCGCGUGGACCGCGACGCCUUGCCGGCCCGGCAGAUGGAGCAGCUGGAGCUGUACUACGCCCGGCUGGGCUCGCACCUCGACAAGUGCAUCAUCGCCGGCCUGGGGUUGCUCACCCUGGGCGGGAUCUUCCUUUCCCUGCUCCUCAUGGCCUCCGUGUGCCGGGGACACGCCAUCUUCUUCCCGUAUCGCCGCCGGCGGGCGCCCUUCCUGCGGCCCAAGCGGACGUACGGCUCCGUCCACAUGAGGAUGAAGCAGCUCGCCGCCGGGGAGGACCCGCCGGCCGAGACCGAGCAACUGGGACCCGCGCCACCGGCCGAGUGACAGCAACGCGACUCGGCUGUGAGCUUCGCCGGCGCGGGGCCAAUACAUGGCAUCGGCUGGGCUAAAAGGUCUCGGGACACCUGCCCGCCUGAUGCGAGGUCAACGUG